AUGUGGGCAUAUAUUGACAAGGAAAGCAAACAACGCAUUUUGGGUCUGACCCUCCUCGGACAUGUCCCUGGCAUUGUCUACGCAUGGUGGAUAAUCUACACCAACCGUGAGGACCCCAGAACCCACCGUCGCAUCAACCACGGCGGCCAGAACAAUGUCGACCGUCGCUCGUACCUCGCCGUCGCCCAGCAGGGACAAACUGGCUCCCCUCCUUCUUCUGGUGGUGCUGUUACCCAUGCUCCCCACGGCCAUGAUCCUCAAACCCAAGUCCACAGCGGCGACCAGUCGCAGACUCAGACGACUGUUACCAAGUCUCAGGAGCAAAAUCCUGGUCUUCCUAACCAAAACAGCUCCACCCGCACAAUUACCACCACCACCACCACUCGCACCUCGUCCAACGGUGGUCCUCCCCAGACCAUCCAAACCAUCAUUACUUCCCAGAAUGGCGAGGUUAUUGACAAGAAAGUCGUUGUAGUCGACAAGAAGGAUACCCCUCCCGCCUACUAA